AAAAGAGACCUGUCCUGAUUUGCGACCGCGACGAUAACGGAUAAGCACCGAAUUGUUGGGCCCCUCAGCUGCCCUGCUCGUAGCCCCUGAGCAUACGCAGGAGAUACGUUCAAAAAACCCCACAGCGAACCGCCGAUACCCAGACAGACAGAAUAAUACAACUCCGAAGAGGCAGCAGUAAUAAUCGAUUAAAGAAAAAAGCGCAAUGAAGCUGUGUGCACUUGCGGGAUGCCUCCUGGUGAUCCCCCUGGCCACAGCUGCUCCUAUACUCCCCCCACCCUCUGUGUCUGAUUAUGGCCUUCCUCCUGUCGACACUGGCUACCCGCCUGUUCCAACUAAAAAUAUUCCAACUCCAGUGGAUCCAAUGAACCCGAUGAAUCCAACAAACGACCCCUAUGGCCAGUUCCCUCAGGCGCAGCUGAAUACUCAUACUCUGCAGCCAGGAAGGAAUCGAUGCAUGAACCUCAGAGCCCGAUCGUUUAGUUUCGGGAUGCUGGCUGAUAUUUGGAAAAACCCAGCAAAGUAUUCAUCCGGCUCACAUGAUUGCAGUGGAGGAUCGAGCCGUUCUAGCACGUAUUAAAAGUUUUUAAAAGGCAACAUUGGUGAAUAACCCAAGGUAGGCAUUGACCGCAGGUUACCAAAGAUUUUGGCAGCAAGUUUAGCAAGAGAAUGGGCUUGAAUACGUCGAUACCGGCUAGCUUAAAAGCCAACUCAUUAUAGCAUCAAUCCACCCUAUUUUAUGCGUGCUCUUUGGGCUGUCGAUAUCAACCCAGGCCUGAAUCUAUUCAUUCUCACU